AUGCGGUUCGUGGCAGCACAGGCUUCCAAGCCUCUCCGCCCAAGAGGCUCAGGAUACCGCCCCCUAUGGUCGAGACAGGAAGGCAAAGCACUUCAAGCCCUAUUCGAUCGCCGUUACUGGAGACGCAUGUGGAUUAUUCAAGAACUACUUCAUGCUAACGAUAUCGCCGUGUGGUGUGGCUCACUCAGCUUUACGUGGGAUGACAUGGAGAAGCUCUACCUCAAACUCAAGACAAUUGAGGAGUCUAACUGGUUCGCGCACCAUGAGUACCACCUGAUGGUCAUGCAGAGCUCCGCUGCCGUCAUGGUAUGGCAGCGGGCUCACUGGAGACACCCCGACACCCCAGUCCCGAGUCUCCAGACCCUGAUCGAGAUCUUCAGAGACUGGCAAUGUACAGAUCUCAGGGACAAGGUCUUUGCAUUAUCCGGUAUGGCAACGGAAGAAUCGACUGUGGAACCCGAUUAUGCACUCACGACACGAGAGGUGUAUUUUGCCGUUUUGCGGCACGUUGAGGGGCAGCAGGAGCAGUUCCGCGCAUUACUUUCGCAGACUUUUGGUCUUGCUGGUUGA